UACGAGGAGUGCGUUUGAUUGUUGCAGAGCUAAAUGGCGGACGAAACGGGACACUUGCCAUCAGAACAAUAACACCACAUCAGCUCUGCGUCUCUGGCGUGAUUCGGCUUUAGCUCCCCACUGAAAGCCCUAAUGCAGAAAGGGUCGCUGGGGAAUGUUCUAUUAGGAAAAUAUCUUGACACAGUUUUAUAUGAGCGAGCAAAUACUUGGCUAACCUGCUUUAGAGUUCACACUAAGGAAGUUGACUCUUCAUGGUGGUGAACUAGCCAGCUAGCUAGCUAACUAUGGGGGACUCUUUGGGUCUCAUCGGGAAGCGACUGCUGCUUCUUCUCAAUGAUGGGGGAUCCACGGGUGGAACUGAAACGGACCAGGCCUCCUGGCUACGGGGAACAGUCCGGGCUGUCAGCGUUAUUGGUUUAGCCAGCCCGGGGGUAGAGGUGAGCCGCGAAGAGGGAACAACAACAGCAGCAUCGGGGCUGACGGUGUUUGUUGAGUUUGAGGAUUGUGCCUGGAGGUCCCGGUCAUGGGUGAGGGUGUACGGAGAUGAGGUCCGUGCCGUCUUGAUGGAGAGCACUAUUGUGUGGGCAGCACACUCCGAUCCCAACUCUGGAAGUAGCCCCACAACUGCUUGGCCUGCUUUGGCAUUCCAACCCCUAGUAGACCGUGUAGGGUUGGGUUCUCUUGUUCCAGUCGAAUUCUUUGGGAGCACCAAGACCUUGGAGUUCCUCCCAGAUGGAAGUACUCUGCAGAUGUUUGAGAUUGAGAAGGAUAUCAGACACUCUGUCCUGCAAGACCAGCCAUCAGUCCAGGCGGCCAUUGCCAGCUGGCACAGUGACUGUGAGCUCCAGGAAAUACUGAGGAAAGGCUCCUACACCAUACAGGGUCGCAGGGUUCAGGUGUAUCAGCCUGAGUUCAACGAACCCUGGGCACUAGGACUUGUGUCACAACACGACCCUCUUUCACACAUCAUGGAAAUCACAAUGCAGCAGGGUGGAGAAACUCAGGUGGUUGACCCCAGGGUGAUGCACGUGAUGCUAGCUGAAGACUAUGAGAAGAAAGGGGGCCCUCAGACCCAGCCUGAUGGAGGAAAGGGUGAACGGCGCAGAAGAACAUCCUCUGUGGAUGACGAGGACGUAACGCUGAAACGCUUCAAAAGUGCUGACGGUCAGAAUGGAAAUGGCAACGGAAAGGACGAGAGCAUGCUCGCUCGUGAAGUAGACAUGGUUGCAAGAGGAGAAACAAAGGAAGGAGUGGCUGGAGGUGGUGGAGGAGAUGGAGGAGGUGGAGGAGGAGGAGGAAGGAACAGCACUAGCAGCACUUCCAAGACACCAGACCUGCAGGACGAUUCAGCUGCUCGCCUGCCCAUGAAGGAGAAUGGUCGGGUGUCCGUGGUAACAUCUGGAGGGUCAACGCCUGCCACUGCCUCCACUCCAACCCCUCCACCCCUUAAGCUCGGCCCGUCUCCUUUCUCCAACACCUUCCCAACUUUGGGACAAAUGCCCAGCUUGGUGCCUGGAACUCCAGCCCCUAAGCCUUCUGCACCUACUCCUGCAACAGACAGAGAGGAAUCAUACUCCAAAAGUGCUGCUCUGGUUUCACCUGGUCCAGUCACCAUCAACUCUCCAUCACAGCCCAAUGCACCCAGUGUGGCGCUGUCGCAACCGUUCGGUCAGAAGACAACCAGCUGGGCAAGUGCUGCCGGAACAGAGAAUUCCAAGACGGCUGCACAUUCACCUUCCGGCUUCCGUUCCUCACAGUCUAAACAGCAGUCAAACGGAUCAAACCAAGAGAACCAGCCCUUCGGAUUUUCUUUCGCCGGCACGCAGGAACAAAAGCAACCUGACUCGGACCCAUCACAGAACUUGUUCUUUCAGUGUAUGGCACAGUCACAGACUCCCAGCCCUAGUCAGGGCCAGGCCCAAGGCCAGAGUCAAUCAAAGGAUGUGAAUUACUUCACUGCCGUCUCGGAGAGUCUGACCAAGGAAGCUCCCAGCUUGUUCAAACCAUCGGACGCCUCCAAGAAAUCUGUCUUAACUUCUCCAUCCCAAGGACUUUUUGGGUCCGCACAGCUCAAAGAGCAACCAAAAGCGUCUGAGGCACAGCCUGCAGGCAAUGGACUUCACAAGGCAUUUGGCACAGGCACAGAGGGCAUGUCCAAACUCACUCCCUCUUUCUCUGGAGGCCUUGGGAGCACUACAGCAUUUGGCUCUGGGACUCUUCAGAAUCCAUCGAUGGGUAUGGGAGGACUUGGUAACACAGUAUCUUCAGCAUCCACUGGACUAGCAAGCAGCAGCAGCAGCAGUGGGAUGUGGAGCGGUAACGGUAAUAACAAAGGAGGCGGAUUGGGAUUACUCACAGGGAACAGCAAGUCCUCAGAAAACAGUCAUCAGAAUUUGUUCCUGCAGUCUUCUGGCGAGCCUGCCAGUGCCAACCCCUUCCUCGCAGCGAACAGCUUUUCUCACACCUCCUUUGGUGGACUUGCAGCUCAGCAGCAGCCUCCAGCAGUUACUGCGCCUGCUCCCUCCUCCUCUCUCCCAUCAAGCACUUUGGGGAAAGUAGCGACGGGAGAGGAGGGCAAGCCCAACCCUUUCACCUUGGCAGACCCAACCAAGGGCAUCCUGUCUUCUUCUUCCACAUUAUCUACAGUCGACUCGUCCGCCAUUUCAGCAGCCCCCAACACUUUCACGCAGAUGCCUAAAUGCACAACGAACGCGCAGGAUGCGUCCAAGUCUGCCAAGGAAAGUGCAGAGGUGAGUGACGACAAAGCGAAGACUGCGCCUAACUUUGCGUCCUUCGGGGGUGCGAGGUCUGGCGAUGCCCCUGCGUUGCCUUUCGAGCCAUCGACUGCUCAGCAGAAGUUCGCUCUGGAGGAACGCGGUCAGUCUUCCAAGCGAGACUCUGACUCCAGCACCAACAGUGACCUGUCUGACCUCAGUGAGACUGAGGACACUCCUGGCCAGGCUCCCAAGCAGGGUGGUGCACAAGGACCUACUGAGGAGAAUGCCUUGCUGAAGAACAAAGCCCAAGUAGCAGCCAAGAGUAGACCUCGCAACAAGCCUUUCAAAGUGGGCCAGUCUGUGCUGAAGGACAUGGCCAAGCUGCGCCGCCUGAAGCAGUCUGGUGAGGCCUUCCUCCAGGACGGCUCCUGCAUCAACGUGGCCCCCCACUUGCACAAGUGCCGAGAGUGCCGCUUGGAGCGUUACCGCAAGGUCCGGGAGGCCGACUCGGACGACGACGAUCCCAACGUGGCCUGCCGAUUCUUUCACUUCCGCAGACUGGCCUUUACUAAGAAAGGGGUCCUGCGAGUGGAGGGCUUCCUCAGCCCCCAGCAGAGUGACAACAUGGCCUUGGGACUGUGGCUCCCGUCGGCAGCACUGAAGGAGGGUCUGGAUCUGGACACGUCCAAGUACAUCCUGGCCAACGUGGGAGACCAGUUCUGCCAGCUGGUCAUGUCCGAGAAGGAAGCGAUGAAGCUGGUGGAGCCUCAUCAGAGAGUAGCGUGGAAGAGAGCGGUGCGAGGCGUCAGAGAGAUGUGUGACGUCUGCGAGACCACCCUUUUCAACAUCCACUGGGUUUGCCGUAAGUGUGGUUUCGGUGUCUGCCUCGACUGUUACCGUCUACGCAAGACUCGUCCCCCUGAAGACGUUGACCUACCUGAAGAUGAAGUGUUUGCGUGGUUAAAAUGUGCCAAGGGCCAACCCCAUGAACCGCAGAACCUCAUGCCGACACAGAUCAUCCCCGGCACCGCCUUGUACAACAUUGGGGAUAUGGUCCAUUCAGCGCGAGGGAAGUGGGGAAUUAAAGCAAACUGCCCCUGCACCAAUCGGCACAAUAAACCUCUCAUACGUCCCACUGCUCCAAACGGUCUUUCACAGUCUGGGUCAGCCCUACCAACAGGUAACGGGACAUCCACCACACCCCGACCGGAGGGCACAGACACAACAGUAUCGAUCAAAACUGAGCCUGGCACAGAGGGUGCCACAACAGAGGGGUCCACAGGAGACUCCAGCAGCAGUAACGCCAACACCAACAACAGCACUACUAGUGCCCAGACACCAGCGGGCACCAAGGAGUCUGGUACACCUGGCAACCAGUCCUCCGCACUCCACUGGCUAGCUGACCUCGCCACUCAGAAGGCCAAAGAGGAAACAAAAGACUCCAGCUCUCUGCGGGCGAUGAUGGGCCGCGAGCCCCGGCCCCCCUUCGGCCUGGACUGCUUCAACACCCUCUCCAAGCCCUCGGGCUCUGGCUCCAGCCCCAAGCUCUUCAACAGCCUGCUGCUGGGCUCAAGUCCUGCCCAGCCCAAGGCGGAGGGCACCAGCCUGCGAGACCUGCUCAACUCCGGCCCUGGCAAACUCUCCCAGGGCAACGCGGACGGCACUGUGCCGUUCCCCUCCGUUUUCUCCACCUCCUCCACGAGUGAUAAGAGUAAGGGUGGCCUGCCCAACAUCCUGGACCACAUCAUCGCCUCGGUGGUGGAGACCAAGAAGACUGAGGGAAGGCGGCCAGCCGGAGCAGCCACCCCAGGAGCAGCCUCCGAGGGCGGGGAGACUGCAGCGGCGACAGCAGCAGCGGUCACCACCGUGGUGCCCAGGCGAGAGGGCGUGAUGGGUCUCAGUGUGCUGGACCCCAACACCUCCCACACGUGGCUGUGUGACGGCCGCCUGCUCUGUCUGCAGGACCCCAGCAACGGCAACAACUGGAAGAUCUUCCGCGAGUGCUGGAAGCAAGGCCAGCCUGUUCUGGUGUCUGGUAUACACAAAAGGCUGAAGGGCAAUCUGUGGAGACCAGAGGCUUUCAGCGAGGAGUUUGGCGACCAGGACGUGGACCUGGUGAACUGCCGAAACUGUGCCAUAAUCUCUGACGUCAAGGUCCGGGACUUCUGGGAUGGAUUUCAGGUGAUAUCCAAGAGACUGCAAGGGUCAGAUGGGCAGCCAAUGGUGCUGAAACUGAAAGACUGGCCCCCAGGGGAGGACUUCAGAGACAUGAUGCCUACGAGGUUCGACGACUUGAUGGACAACCUGCCUCUUCCAGAGUACACCAAGAGAGACGGGCGGCUCAACCUGGCCUCUCGGCUGCCCAAUUUCUUUGUGCGGCCCGACCUGGGGCCCAAGAUGUACAAUGCUUACGGUCUGACCUCAAGCGAAGACAGAAAGGUGGGCACCACCAACUUGCAUUUGGACGUGUCUGACGCAGUCAACGUGAUGGUGUAUGUUGGCAUCCCUGAAGACGAGAAUAAUCCUGAGAAAGAAGCAGACCACGAUGGACAUAAAGAGGUGAUGACUACUAUCGCGGAGGGCGACGUGGACGAGAUGACCAAGAGGAGGAUCUAUGAAGGCAAAGAGAAGCCUGGUGCACUGUGGCACAUAUAUGCCGCCAAGGACGCCGAGAAGAUCCGAGAGCUACUACGAAAGGUGGGAGAGGAGCAAGGCCAGGAGAAUCCUCCAGACCACGACCCCAUCCAUGACCAGAGCUGGUACCUGGACCAGGUCCUACGGCGCAGGCUCUAUGAAGAGUACGGAGUGCAGGGCUGGGCCAUCGUACAGUUCUUGGGAGAUGCUGUCUUCAUUCCAGCCGGCGCACCACAUCAGGUACACAACCUGUACAGUUGCAUAAAGGUGGCGGAGGACUUUGUCUCGCCUGAACAUGUGAGGCACUGCUUCAGGCUAACACAGGAGUUCAGGCACUUGUCAACCACACACACCAACCACGAGGACAAGCUACAGGUGAAGAACAUCAUCUACCAUGCUCUGAAGGAUUCGGUGGGGACUUUGAAAGCCCACGAGCCAAAGCUUGCCCGCUCAUAGUACCCCCAGUGUGACUAAAGCGACUGCGACGUUUCUAUGCUCCUUACACCACAGACAAAUGAGGCACAAGGACUUUUGGGAGGGAGGGAUGGAGGGUAUGAAACAGAUAAAGGGGUUAUAAUGCUCUACAGAAGUUCCGGGAAUGUUCUCCCAGAAAACAAGGAAGCUCUGAUGAACUUGUUUUGGGCUCGGCGCUUGGAUGAAGGAUGUUCUUCAUCAGUGUUGCAUAGUUUUUUUAAUUCUUUUUUUCCCAUAUUUAAGUUUUUUUUUUUCUUUUGCCAAUUUGUUUUUGAAUAUGUGUUGUGAAGAUGGGAAUAGAUCUGCUCUGAUGUGCCUCAGUGGACAUCUGUUUGUCUGUAGCCUUUUACUUAAUGUGAGCACUGGGCUAGUCCAUUUGUGUUUUUGUACGCGCUAGAUUGACUGAUCAAGCUGUUGUUUGUUUUCUUAACUAGAGAAGACCUUCGCCUUUAGCAUCAGCAGGAUGUUACACAGAGGGAGACGACACCCCUCGAAACCAUUUUGUUUCCUGUAUUUUGUUUUUCCAGAGUCGAUUAACGUAAGGGAAAUAGACCAAAGUUUUCUAUUUUUAGUUUUUCAGUUUCAACUUAAACAAGAACCACAAAAUUCUGUCUUUUUUUUAAACACACACAGUGGGAAUGAUAGAGGAUGUAUUGAGAAUUGUGUCCAUGUUGUCACUCCUUCACGAUCACAAAACAAAAAGAUGGCAAACAUAAAUAAAAAGGUGCGAGAAUUAAGAAUUCCAGAUAUGGAUAACUACUGGUGAUGUAUCAAUAUAUAUAUUGAGCAGUGUGUAUUAUUAUUGUUAUUAUUAUUAUUAUUAAUGUUUUUUUUGUUUGUUUGUUUUUUCCAAAAUAAAGUUUACGAAGAAACUGGCCCAUGAACUUAAAAUGGUAGUCAAACUUAAUGGUAUUUUUAUUUCGUUUUAUUAAAUUCCUGACUUUUGCUGUAAUAAACAGAAGGGUAAAUUGUAAACUCA